UCGUGAUUCCUCACUAAGAUAGCACGAUGUCAGAAGCAGUUCCUUCUUCCUCUUGUGUUCUUCCAGAUAACUUCACAGAAGCUGAUGUGGUAGCUCAGCCAGGUGACAUAAUGUUGGUAAACUCCCCUCCUGAUGAUGGGGAGGAAAUAUCAAGGCAUCUGAUGUCCUCUCUGAAGCAGCACAAUGGACAGGAUACAAACAGUGAUUCAGGGGACAGCUUGUUCAUCACUCAGAAAUGUGCACCUCAACGACGGAGGCGCUCAAGCAAGAGAUCAAACUUCAGAGAUUCACCAGAACAUGAAUAUGACGCAUCCACCUCUGAGGAGGAACAUCCAGAAGACAGAAAGCAGCAGAAGAAGAAAAGCUGCACAACACCGAAGUUCACCUUUGACUUCCUCAAAGAGAGAAUGAUGACUAGGUUGCCAUAUUAUCAGAACAGAAAACUUCAUUAUUACGCCAUGGGAGGUUACUUCAGAUGUGCGGAGCGGCUUUGGGACAGCUAUCAAACAGGAGAAGAUCUGCUGGAGUCUCUACCAACUGCGGACGAGGACGGAGAGCCCAUAUCUCCGAUGUCAGAAGAGGAAGACGAAACUACAGAAAAUGAAGACAUCAGAUUGGUUGAAAAGAAGCUCUUUGUGGUGUCGAAAACAAAGAACUCCCAACCUUGGUACAAUCCUAAAAAGGGAUCCAGUGAAGAAACGCAACAGAAUGAAGAACGCUACAAUGCUGCACGUGAGCCACAGGGAAGACCGGGAAGGAUGACGCUCAAAAUAUCGACAUGGAUACCCUCGUCGAGGAGGGCGUCGUCUUCAAAAACAAAGGAGUCCAAUGAAAUCUCGGAAGAGACAGAGUCGGUUGAUGAUCGAUUGUCAACGUCUGGAAGCCUCCCUGCUGAAACUGAAACGGGAAAGAACAGCAGAUCUCCAGGAAAAGAAAGUAGAGCAAGUGGUCUUAUUCCUGAAGACAAUGAACAGAUGCUUGGUAACGAAAGCGAUGCCACAUGCGGUGGGGUGAGUGCAGAGCAGAGCGACAGACAAGCAACAGACCCUCAUACUGGGGCGGACGAACAAACCAGUGUUCAAGAUAAUGAUAUAGAGUGUAGAAUAAUCAAGGUAAAGAAGAGGAAGAAGAAAAAACAGGACAGAGAAGAUGACAAAUGUGUAGAGGAAGGAAAAGAUCAGAGUCUAGAGGGAGCCUGGGGUCAUCAGCCUGAUCCCUCUGCAAACCUGAUUAUCACUGAGGAAGUGGAAGCUCCUUGCAUGGAAAAGAAGAAAAAGAAGAAGAAAAAGAAACGUGAAAACCAAUAUAUCCGACAGGAGGCGGAUAAACAAUCAGAUCAGCAGAAGGAGGAGGAUUUUGUUGUGGUGUGUGAAAAUGGAAAUAUUGUUACAGACUCUUUAAAGACCAACAAAGCUGCCGAGUCUGUGACGAAUGACGUACAUGUCCCAAAGAAAAGGAAGAAAAAGAAAAAAGACUCUUCAGAUUUGGAUGAAACAACAACUGAACACCCAGAGGCAAUAGAUCAUUCAAGUAAUGGUGAAGUUUUUCAGGAAACGUUGGAAUCCAAUGGGUUUAAAAGAAAAAAGCACAAAAAGAAGAAGAGCCAGUCGCCUAAUGACAAUCAGACAGAUGUGGACCUGCCAAACGAUGCCACGACCUGGCCAGAAAAUACAGACUUUGUUUAUAAAAAGAAGAAAAAAAAACAUGUGAAUGACCAAGUAGGACUUGCGGAAGAAGAUGAAAACGUAGAGAAAACUCCAAAAGAGAAGCAAGAUAUUGAGCAGGAGACCAAAAAGAAGAAGAAGAAGAAAAUGAAGGAUGAUAUCAGCGUGAGUAACUCAGAGGACAUGUUGGCAUAUGGUGACUAUUCGCAGCUUGUGCGCAAAAAGAAAAAGACCCAUUCUGUCCUUUCUGCUGAUGAUGAGGAACCGUCUCCAUCUGCUCAUGAGGGCUGUGCUGAAAAGCCUGAGGUCAGCACUGGUGAGUUAGCCGCCGAAUCAGCAGACGAUUCUGAACAUUUGCAAGAAUCAAAAGAUGGCAAGAAGAAAAAGAAGAGGUCAGCAGCUGCCCCUGAGAGUGAGGAAAGGGAGCUGGAGGAAACGUCUGAAGCGCCGAUCAAGAAUAAAGAGAAACACAAGAGAACUAAAAGGCUCACGGAAACUUUGGAGAGUGUUGAGCAAUCUCAACCCGAAGGAGCUGUGGUUGUGAAGAAGACGAAGAAGAGGAAAAGCAGAGGGGAAGUCCCGGAUGAAGAGAGCCAUCAAACCAAAGAGGACAGAACAAAUCCUGGUGCUGGUUCUAGGUUUAACUCGGCGUCAUCUAAAACGUUUCCAGCAGAACUCGCGACGUCUUCCUCUCACUGUGUGGAGAGGAAAAGAAAGCAUAAUGCAAGAAGAAGACUUUAUAAUCCAGAUAAAGACUUUCUCUCAGACUUAAACAGCUCUCCAGAUAGAUCAUGAUGUCAUAAGCUUUAUUUAUUUUAUUGUAAACUGUCAACCAUUUUAGGGUGACAAUGUUGAAAUUUAAAACCUUUUGGGUUCUGAAUUAGGUUUUUUUUCCUAUAUUUAAUUUUGUAUCAAAGCACUUUUACACCAGAAUAAUUCUCAAUUAUUUUUUUAUUGAGGCAUAAUAUACAAAAAUGUAAAUAAUUUUUAUAAAAACUAUAUAUUCUAUUAAAAGAAAAAAAAUGCCAGGCUUGGAGGCUUCUCCCUUUUUUUUCCCUUCUAACAUAAUUCAUUAUGGACAAACACUUCAAUUCUAACUUCAUCAGGUCACGAGACACAUCUCCAAUUUUUUAAGGUCUUUGUCGCUCGCACUUAAAAGUUAUAAGCUCACUUUUUAUGUUCUUUUUGGUGUUUGCUUCUUCCUGUCCGAUUGGAUUUUCAGGCCAUGUUGAUACGAGAUUUGUUUCACAGUGUAUAGUAACUCUCUCCUAAGAUCAUCAACCAGCAUUUUGAAAGGUAACGACACAAAAGUUGUAAAUGAACUAAUCAGAAACUUAGAAAGUACCUACGUCCCUGAGUUUUUUUUUUUGGGGGGGGACACAAAAAAUAUACUGUUAAUGUGGUAAAAGCACCACAUGUGAAAUGAGCUGCUGUUGAAUUUGUAUUAAUUUCAACAGCACAAAGAAAUUUAAAAAUUAUACUUUUCUUUAAUUGGGACCAACAUUGAGUCAAAAAGAUUUGUACUUGCAAAUGUGCAGCCCUAACUAUUAAUGUUCUGUAAUUUGCAACAUAUUUUUA